CGGUUUCUAACUCGUAAUAGUUUGUCUAGCAUCAUUUCACAUGUCUUAGCAAACUCAUAGAAAGAUUGUUUUCGCAGAAAGCUUGAACUAUCGUGGUAUGAGUUUAGCCUACAGACUUGUCUAUGGUUGAGGAUACGACAAAGUCAAAUCCGUAACUGUCUAGGCUAGACAAGAUGAAUAUACCAUUCCUUCUCAUCUUAUCCCAAACACUAUUCGGCUUCAACGCCGCCCUUGCAGAUAUCACUACAACAAUUGUUGCAUCUUCAAACUAUGGGGUCUGGGAGGGUUGGGGAACUUCCCUCGCGUGGUGGGCAGCUGCUUUCGGCGAUCGUGACGACCUCGCAAAUGCUGUCUUCUCACUGAAUAGCGUGUCAUUGAACGGUGUCACUCUGCCGGGCUUGGGGAUGAACAUUGUUCGGUAUAAUGCUGGCGCUAGUAGUUCAAACUCUGUUAACGGAGAAGGAAUGAUCAAAUCUCCCAGCAUCAUUCCAUCCCGCCUCAUUGACGGGUACUGGAUUGACUGGACGAGUAGCGACCCAGCAUCUUCAAGUUGGCUAUGGUCCCAGGAUGCUAAGCAACGAUCAAUGAUGCAAAAGGCCAAGAACCUGGGAGCGAACCUAUUCGAGUUGUUCAGUAACUCACCGAUGUGGUGGAUGUGCAGCAACCAUAAUCCUUCCGGAUCAGACAACGGCUCGUCUGACAACUUGCAAAAUUGGAAUCACCAGCAAUUUGCCGUGUACCUUUCCACCAUCGCGCUAUAUGCCAAGAACAACUGGGGGAUCACGUUUAACACAGUUGAGCCUUUCAAUGAGCCAGCCUCUAAUUGGUGGAACGGACGCACUGGAACUCAAGAAGGUUGCCACUUUUCUGUCGCAACACAGCAAGAUAUACUUCCUCGUCUACGGUCUGAGCUCAACAGCAGAGGACUAACUUCGGUCCAAAUAUCCGCCUCGGAUGAAACAAACUAUGACACCGCAAUCAGCACUUGGAAAGGUUUGAACGCAACUGCAAAGGCCUCUGUAGCACAGAUAAACGUUCACGGGUACCAGCAUGGCAGCGGCGAUCGAUCGGGUCUCUAUUCGCAGGCUGUAGGAUCCAAGAAGAAGCUGUGGAAUAGCGAGUAUGGCGAGAAUGAUGCGACAGGCUCACAAUUGAUCAGCGAUGUGAUCCUAGACUUCCGCUGGCUACAUCCCACAGCGUGGGUCUACUGGCAGAUAGUCGAUGGCGGUGGUUGGGGUCUCAUCACUGGCGACAACGACGCUCGUACUCUCAGCGGGCCGACACAGAAGUACUUUAUCCUAGCCCUCCUCACUCGGCACAUCAGAGCUGGCAUGCGGAUCUUAGAUUCAGGAUGCGACUAUGCGGUUGCUGCUUACGACACCUCUGCCCACAAAUUAGUAAUAGUAGCUGUCAACUGGGGAAACUCGCAAUACCUCAAUUUCGACCUGUCUCAAUUCGGCACACCAGGUUCAAGCGGCGCGACAAUCCAGCGCUGGAGCACUCAGAUAGGUUCUGGAGAGCGGUAUGCUACGUAUAAGGACACUACAUUGAGCGGAUCUAAAUUUUGGUCGUAUUUUGCGAAAAACCAAGUGCAAACCUUCGAGGUUCCAGGGGUAUAUAUCUAGUAGGGACGAAUAUGGUCAAUAGGACUGUCAAUAUUGUAGGUAGCCUAUAUGUCCGUUCCUUGCUUGAGUAUGCAAAGUGUUAUCACCAUUAUCAGGUAUUUGAGCGCAGCUUAUAAACAGAACUUCGUUCUAUAAGAAAUGGUUUAACGAGCCACAACGAGAGCAGCCUGUAGUUGAGACUGCGAUAAGAUUGACGUCUCUUAAUAUUAGCCGUGAAUCUAUCUACGUAUCUACACAGACAAGCCCUGUAAGGGCGGGUAAUGUAUACAUCACAAUUAUAUGUAUAUAGUUAAAACACUACUCCCGUAUAGCGCUACUAGCCAGACCAGAACUUUCCUUCGUAUAUUCAGCAGUAACCACGGCGUUCAAUGGCUUGUAUCCAAAUCUCUUGAAGAGUUAUACAAGUGAAUUUUAAGGUUCAUCUAUCUAACAAUAUAUUACUGACACUCCCCCUUCGGCUUAGGAAUAAGUGAUGUUAUCUUGUCAGCAUGAUGUAUGAACAUCAUUUCGGCAAUGAACGAAACCGCGUGCUUCAGUGUAUCAUAUCGCUUCUCAGGAA